AUGGCCCCCACGGAUACCUGCCGUUACAGACUCUGGAACGCAGCUGAAGAGUACCAACUGUCAAAGCUGCAUGUCAACCAAGGCAUGUCCUUUGAGGACAUAGCACCAAUCAUGCAGCGCACUGCUACUACCCUCGCCACCCGCUACGCCGCCAUCCAAUAG